GUGGAAUCAGUAGAUAGAAAGAGAGAGAGAGAGAAAGAGUUCACCACAAGAUGAGUAUUCUGUUGAUAUUCACCCUGCUCUUCUUCAUGACAGGUUCUGUGAACUCCUUCAAAGUGACUGGAUACUCUGGAGGAACUGUCAUCAUCCACUGUCAUUAUAACAACCAAGAGGAAAGUAAUGGUAAAUAUUUCUGCAAGAAAAAUACAUUUUUGGGAUGUGAGGAUAAAAUAAGAUCAGGUAGUCAGAACACCUGGCAACACAGAGGUAGAUUCUCUCUGUAUGACGACACUGAGGGAAAAUAUUUCACUGUGGUCAUCAGACAACUGACCAGACAAGAUGAAGGAACCUACAGGUGUGCAGUUGAUUUAUAUCUAGACCAUGACAGUUAUACAAAGGUGGAGCUUAAAGUAAAUGAAGAUGAAUGCUGUACUAAGACAGACACAAUAACAAACAAUCUGGGAGGAGAAGCUACCAUCAUCUGUAACUAUCCAGAGAACCAAGAGUACAGCCACGUGUAUCUCUGCAAGGAAGAUAAUCACUCAAAGAUUUAUUGUGAAAUUAUCUCUGCUGACUCAACAUCAGCUAAAUCUGGGAGAUUCUCUCUGACUGACAGGAGAGAGAAACGCUACACAGUGACCAUCAGUAACCUGACCGAAGAUGACACUGGGACAUACUGGUGUGGAGUAGAAAACAAAAAGACAGGAGAACACUACAUUUCACUGUUUACUGAGGUACAUCUCAGUGUGAUUGUGUCGACCACCAAACCAACCACAACAUCUGCCACCUCCAAAACAAUAACAACAACAUACGCCACCUCCAAAACAAUAACAACAACAUCCCCCACCUCCAACCCAACAUCAACACCUACCACCUCCACCAACUCAUCAUCAUCAGUUAACAGACCUGAUACUCCACUGGUCAUCUUCGUGUGUGUUUGUGUGGUUGUGUUACUGCUACUGAUCUGUCUGUUCAUACUCUACAGACAGAAACACAAAAAGACAACAGCCAUCUCGCCAUUACACAUAUUGAACACAGACCCUGGGGUCAACAGAGAGGGUCGUCAUGGUGACAUGUCAACUUCCACAAGGAUCCCAGCUGCCCCAAUGAAGCCACCACCACCAUCAGUAAAGAGGACACAUCCUGCUGUGACUAUGCUACUGUAAAUGUUGAUCAAAACUCCACCUACUCUACUGUCAAUCAUCCACACAGCACAUCUUAGGCUCCUCCCAUCUACUCCACAGUCAGCAAACCAGGAGACACCUGAUUUUCUGGCAACCAAUAACAAGAGACCAACCCUUACUGGUAACUCUUAAACAUAGAUACAACCCCACUGGUAACCGUUAAACAUAGACACACCCCCACUAGUUACCAUUAAACAUAGACACACCCCCACUAGUUACCAUUAAACAUAGACACACCCCCACUAGGUACCAUUAAACAUAGACACACCCCCACUGGUUACUAUAAAACAUAGACACACCCCCACAGGCAACCAUUAAACAUAGACACACCCCCACUAGUUACCAUUAAACAUAGACACACCCCCACUAGUUACCAUUAAACAUAGACACACCCCCACUAGGUACC